AUGUCACGAGGGAAUAGCUCUCUCCGCCCAAUUACACCAAAUGGAAUGGAACUCGUGCCUCUGUCAUGGACGGAGGGCGAGGCUGUUGGCUCCACGCUCAUCGACUGGAGGGUUCGAAUGCUGAUCAAUGAUCGCCUUUCUAUGAUUCAACACUACGUGCCAGGCGGUAUCGAAACGGCUGUAUCAGCUAUGAUGCAGGAGAAGUUCGAGACGUUCAAGUGCUCGUUUGGCAGCAUCGGCAUGGACGUACCCAAGCUGUUCUUACCCAUCCCCGACCUGCCGCCUGGAAUGGACUUUCCGCACGCCAUGGUACAGGACUCGAAGAUGGUGGUCACCCGAGAAGAGCUCCAAGCCGUUUUCGACGACCAAGUGGGCAAGAUGUGCGAGCUCAUUGACAAGCAGCUGAAAACUGUGAAAGACAAUCAUCCCAUGGAAUCGGUCUCAUAUCUCAUUCUCUCUGGAGGCCUCGGCAGUUCUCCAUACGUCCAGAGCCGGAUCAGAGCAAGGUACGAAGGGAUGGGUGCAGCAUCACCGGGUGCCAAAGGGAUCAGAGUCCUCCUAGCAAACGAGCCACAGCUGACAGUGGUGCAUGGGCUUGUCAUGUCACGCAUCCAGAGCACUCGAGGCGGACCUGAGAUGUACUCAACGAGGAUGUGUCCGGUCAGCUUUGGCGUCAUUUGCCGAGAGGUGUAUAAUCCCAAGAAACACAUGGGUGAAGAUGUCAGUGAGGAUCCGUACGACAAGCAGAAGUGGGCUGAAAAGCAGAUCAACUGGAUUAUUAAACAAGGACAGGUCGUGCGCGCAAACACCGGUGCCAGCCAGAGCUACCGACUGAAGCUGGACAUGGGUAAGGAGAGGGAGCCGUGGCGGGCCAGGAUCGUGAUGAGCACUCUUCCGCCGGAUCGACUACCCAGCAGCCUGAAGCGCGAUGGUGCCAGAGAGGUUGCUGGUAUUGAGACUAUACUCAACCCGAAGGAUAUGAAACGAAAGAACAGACAUUGGUAUAACUUUGGAAGAGAGUUCAACCGGGCUGAGUUUGAGCUGCGGGUGUUGGAUGGCAUGCGAAGUCGAGAGCACGAUGAAAUUGAGGUCGAUUGGCAAGCUGUUGAGGACCGGCUUUCGCAGAGGAACACCAACGAUAGAGGGUUGGGGAUCUAUCGACGAUAA